UUCCUCUGACAUGACAUGUUUGCGGCAGUGUCGGCGCUGCUGGCCUUCAAGCGGGCGGUGAUCGAGGACCCGCACGCGGCGCUGGCCGACUGGACGGGCGCCGACGGCGACGCCUGCGACUGGCGCGGCGUCGCCUGCUCCUCGCCCCACGGCUCCGUCGUCUCCCUGAGGCUGUCGAACGCGUCGCUCAAGGGGUUCAUCGCGCCGGAGCUCGGGCAGCUCAUCUUCUUGCAAGAGCUGUAUUUGGAUCACAACCUGCUCUUCGGCACGAUCCCGAAGCAGCUGGGAUCGCUGAGGAACCUCAGGGUCCUGGAUUUGGGCGCUAACCGGCUGGCUGGCCCUAUACCUCCUGAGCUGAGUGGACUCAACAGCGUGAGCGUAAUAAACUUGCAUUCCAACGGGCUAACCGGGAACAUACCACCGCAGCUGGGCAAGCUACCAAAUCUUGUCCAGCUUAGGUUGGACAGGAACAGGCUCAAAGGGUCAAUUCCUGGUGGCAAUGCUACUGGUUUUUCUCCAAUGGCAGAUACCGGGUCCACGGCUCACAGUGGACUAUGCCCGUCUCCUCGAUUAAGUGUUGCAGAUUUCUCCUUCAACUUCCUUGUUGGAAAAAUCCCAAUUUGUUUGAAGUAUCUUCCAAGGUCAAGUUUUCAGGGGAACUGCUUCCAGGAUGAGUACUCUAUCCGACAACGCGCUCAUCAAAUUUGUGCAAGUGCGUCUACAGCUGCUAAUUUAAAGGGAUUCAAACGCCCCGCUUCCGAGCAUAAGCAUGAUAAAGUGCAGCAACCGACUUGGCUUAUUGUUUUGGAAAUCGCAACCGGUGCUCUUCUGCUUGUUUUCCUGAUCACUGGUGCAAUUACUGCCUCCAGAAGCUGCAACCUAAAGCCUUCUAUAAGAAUAUCAUCAUGGAGUAGAUCAAAAAGUUGGAGCGACGAGAUAACAGUACUCAUUGAUUCAGAUACGCUGAAAAGUUUGCCAAAGUUGAGUCGCCAGGAACUUGAAGUAGCAUGUGAAGAUUUUAGCAACAUUAUUGGCUCAACUCCGGAGACUGUAGUCUACAAAGGAACAAUGAAGGAUGGACCUGAGGUUUCUGUCAUAUCAUUAUGCGCCUUUGAAGGUCACUGGACUAGCCAGCAUGAGCUCUUUUACCAAAACAAGGUUAUUGAUCUGGCAAGGCUGAAUCAUGAGAACAUAGCAAAGUUUCUGGGCUAUUGCAGAGAGAGUGACCCUUUCUCCAGGAUGUUAGUCUUUGAGUACGCAUCAAAUGGUACCCUGUACGAGCACCUACACUAUGGGGAAGCGGCCCAAUUCUCUUGGCUCAGACGAAUGAAAAUAGCCAUCGGCAUCGCCCAAGGUUUAAGGUAUCUGCACACCGAGUCACAGCCUCCGUUCGCUAUAUCAGAGCUGAACUCCAACUCAGUUUAUGUUACAGAAGAUUUUACUCCCAAGCUGGUCGACUUUGAGUGCUGGAAAAUGCUGUUUUCGAGACAAGAGAAGGCGCUCGGCCACUUCAACAGCAAAGCCUCUUUCCCUAGCCGGGACUCUUCUGAGGAUAAGUACAUGGACAUCCAAGGCAACACGUUUGCCUUUGGAGUGAUCUUGCUCGAGAUCAUCAGCGGGCGGCUUCCUUACUGCAAGGACAAAGGCUACUUGGUAGACUGGGCCAUCAAGUACCUCCAGCAGCCGGAGGAGAUCGGGAAGCUGGUCGACCCGGAGCUGACGAACGUGCGGACGGAGGACCUGGCGGUGAUCUGCAGCGUGGUGAGCCGGUGCGUCGACCCCGACCCGUCCAAGCGGCCAUCGAUGCAGAUCAUCGCUGGGGCCCUGGAGACCGGCAUCGACCUCUCCGCGGCCGGCAUCCUCAAGGAGUCGUCCCUGGCGUGGGCGGAGCUCGCCCUCUCGUUGUAGCACACGCCUCGCCUCACCUCGUCCCACUGUAGAUUUUCGUCAAUGCUAACACUGAUUUGUUGCGUGCCAUCAUCUUCUCCGCCUUGUUGGCUCCACGUAUACGACGCUUGGUAAAGCGGGUGAGGGGGCUGGCUGGGUUUAGCUCGGAUUCUCGGGUACCGCUCGCCCAGCAGUUGGGCCGCCAUGUAAUUCUGUGUGCCUUAAUUAGUUGUAUGUUUCAGUGUGGGGGCUCAGAAA